AUGAACAACAACCGUACAGAUACAACUAUCAAUAAUAAUAGUCAAACAACAACAUUUAUAACAAUAUUUAGAUCGAUACUCGUUAGAAAGACAAUAUUCAAUCAAUUAGAUCAAUUACCAAAGAAGACUAAUCAUAUAGGUAAUGAUUAUGUAAAGGGACGUGAAUUAAUAGAAUCCCCACUAUCAUGUUUGGUUGUAAAGUAUGCAUUGCCAUGGGAUUUUAUUAGACACUAUCUACCACUAAAGAGAGAUGGUGAUCAUCCUCUUAGGACGUAUGCAAUCAACCGAUACUGUCAAAAUAAAAGGGCAACACUACAGACACUCAAACAUCUAAUAGAAUGGUCACCAGAAUACCAAAACAAAGAUGAUAGAGUAUUGGAUAUGGUGUGUCGUAAUGGUCAUCUAGAUAUACUCGUCUAUCUUGAUAGUAGUCUCAAUCCAAAGGCUCCAUGUACAACUAAAGCCGUCACCAAUGCUAUCGAUGGUCAACACUUACAGGUGGUCGAGUACUUGAUCAACCAUCGUUCAGAAGGAUACGAUGUUACAGCCUAUGAGAAAGCUGGGUAUCGUGGUCGAAUCGAUAUUCUCAAAUUACUCAUCAAACAUCAUAAAAAGAGAGGUUCGUCGGAUAUGUCAAUUGACAAAUGUCUUGUUAAAGCAAUGAGACAAUCUCUAAGACACUUUGAUACAUUUCAAUUUAUAUAUCAACAACUUUCAAAACCUUUGAAUUCAUCAGAGUCGGUUGAAAUGGUGUCAAAUGCAUCGAUGUGUGGAUACCUGAAUAUUGUACAAUUCUUUCAUGAGAAAAAUCAUCAAUUUCCAAAAGAUGCUAUUGAUAAUGCAGCAGAAUAUAAUCAAUUAAAAAUAGUUCAAUUCUUAAAUACAAAUAGAACUGAACGGUGUACUACUGAUGCUAUUGAUAAAGCUGCACUAAAUGGAUAUUUAGAUAUUGUAAAAUACCUGACGGAAAAUAGAAAAGAAGGAUGUACAACAGAAGCAAUGGAUAAGGCUGCUGAAAAUGGGUAUAUUGAAACUGUAAAAUAUUUAAUGGAAAAUAGAACAGAAGGAUGUACAAAUAAUGCAAUGCAUUUUGCAUCUACUUUUGGACAUUUAGAUGUUGUAAAAUAUCUCUACCAUCAUCAACAACGACGACCUGAAAGUGAAAUUGUUGAUGCUCUUGAAUCAUCAUCUGAACAUGAACAGGAAAAAACAAAACUUACAGAUUCUAAAAUCAUUGCGCGAUGGUAUGCCCAAUUGAUGAGUUCAAUGUCUUCUCAUGGCGAUCUUGAAGGUAUCAAAUAUUGUUAUGAAAAUACUCCUUUUAGAUUGGAGCCAAGAGAUAUGGGUAGAAUGAAUUUGGAGAUGUCUCGGUAUAUAAUGAUCGAUGGUGGAAUGAAACUAGAUGAAAACGAACAAAUAGAUUGCAUUAGAUCAUCAAUCUAUGGAAAUGAUUUAGAAUUAUUAAAACUUUUUCAUGAAGGGUGUCAUAAUAGAAGUAAAUGUUUGGACAAUGGAAUUGAUUUGGCUGCUGAAAAUGGGUAUCUUUCAAUGGUUGAAUAUUUACAUUUUAAUUGUAGACAUGGUGGUAGUGGUCCAUGUUCAAAGGUUGCAAUGGACCGAGCAGCGGCCAAUGGUCAUUUAAAAAUCGUUCAAUUUCUUCAUAACCACCGCACUGAAGGCUGCACAACUGCAGCUAUGGACCGCGCGUCUGGUAAAAGUCAUCAUUCGAUCGUUCAAUUUCUUCAUCGUCAUCGCACUGAAGGAUGCACUACGGCUGCGAUGGACUUGGCAGUUUGGGGAUCACAUUUUGAAAUUGUAUCAUUCCUACAUUACAAUCGUACCGAAGGUUGCAAUGUCUUUAUCAACGACCCUUUACGAAAAAAUGAAGUUGAUAUCAACCAAUUCCUUAUCCUCAACCAUAUCGUCCCUGAUCAACCCAAUAAUACUAUCACACACAACAACAAAAGUGUAUGGGGUUCAUUUGUAGAUAAGUUCUUAAACAAAUAA